GGAAAUCUGUGACGUUGAACGGGAUAAUUUUUGGACCUUUUUUGAACUAGCUAUUGGAUGUUGUGGUGGUGGAGGCUGCAUCUCCUGUCUCGUCUCCUGGCCAGUGAUCUCCUCUCCUGCAGUAUCCACACCAAGCUCUAGUGACAUGUGAGCCCCAUACACCUCUCAUAGUUGUGGUUGCCUCUCCCACCAUGAUGGAAGAGCCGAUGAUGGUGGAGGAGGCGGAGGACGGGAGCAGGAGCCGUGCUGGUGUGUGUGUCCUCAACACCAAGUCUAAACCCAUCCUGGAGGACUAUGUCAUCUCCAGCACCGUGCUGGGUCUGGGCAUCAAUGGCAAGGUGGUCGAGUGCUUCAGUAAGAGAGACCACAAGAAGUAUGCCCUCAAGGUUCUGCGUGACAGCUCAAAGUCUAGACGAGAGGUGGACCUGCACUGUCGGGGUUCAACUUGCCCACAUGUUGUAGCAAUAAUUGAUGUCUAUGAAAAUGUUUACAACAAUCAGAAGUGUUUAUUAGUUGUUAUGGAGUGCAUGGAAGGUGGAGAACUAUUCCAGAGAAUUCAGGAUCGAGCUGAUGGUGCAUUUACUGAGCGUGAAGCAGCCUGUAUCAUGCGAGAAAUUUGUGUGGCAGUUCAACAUUUACAUCUUCUCAAUAUAGCUCACAGAGAUCUUAAGCCAGAAAAUCUGCUCUAUACCAGUUUGGGUAAUGAUGCUAUACUUAAGUUAACUGAUUUUGGGUUUGCCAAGGAAACGUUCUCGAAGGAAUCUUUGCAGACCCCUUGUUACACUCCAUAUUAUGUUGCUCCUGAGGUGCUGGGGCCAGAGAAGUACGACAAGAGCUGUGACAUCUGGUCAUUAGGUGUUAUAAUGUACAUUUUGCUUUGUGGGUUCCCACCCUUCUACAGUAAUCAUGGUCAUGCAAUAUCACCAGGAAUGAAGAAGCGCAUUCGCACAGGCCAAUAUACAUUUCCUAAUCCAGAGUGGGCCAAUGUAAGCCAAGAUGCCAAAGACCUGAUUAAGGGUAUGCUCCGUACUGACCCCGAGGAGCGUCUCACAAUCUUUGAUGUUAUGAAGAACAAAUGGAUUGUGCAAUACUCCGAGGUACCGCAGACACCACUUCACACCUCCAGGAUUCUUCGUGAGGAGGGAGACUUGUGGCAGGAAGUUCAGGACGAGAUGACUCGAUCUCUUGCUACCAUGCGUGUUGAUUACGACACACUCCAAAUUAAAACUUUAGACCAUGCUAAUAAUUCCCUACUUAGUAAGCGCCGUAAGAGGGCCACUGAUAACUGAAUGUGUACUGCAGAUAUAAAUUUGAGUAUGAUUGAAUAUCUCAUUUGCAAAGAAAAAAUGUUUUUCUUUAAGAUUGGAUUUGGAGUUUAUUCCAUCAUAACUGUCACAAAGUUAAAUGUAAUAAUAGGCAACUUAAGUUUUUCAGACUUGCCUAAGGUAAAGCACUGAUUGAUUUGUCUACAUUAAGUUUAUGAAGAGUAAUUAGCCAUGAAAUGUAAGAUUUUUCCAAGUAUUUACUCACUCACAUUGUGCUGUAAUGUACAGCAAUAAGGUAUUUAUAUAUAGAACAUACAAAGGGUUUAGCACUUCAGCUGGUUAUAACACUACUAAAAAGUGUGUGAAAGUGACAGUAGUAUUUGUAGUAACACAUUUAUUAAAAAUUAUGAAGAUAUAAUUUUGGUCAUGGGACCAUGUAAGGACCUGCAUGAAGAACUAGGGGUUGCGUACAUAUACACUAUGUACUCUGCUAUAUUUAACAAAUUAUGCAUAAAGCUAUUUUUCUGCAAUGAAAUGCAGUUAUUUUAAAAUAACCAUAUGUGAUUUUUGACAAUAUGUGGCAUUUAUACAAUGUUUGUCUUUUCACCGUUUCCUUAGAUAUUCAGACUCUUAUGUUUUCAAGGAAUCAGAUGUUUAAAGAUUUCCAAUAUUUGUCAUAUACAUCUCCUCAAAGUAAUGUCACCAUCUUCCAGUAGUAAUGGGAAUUUGUGUGUGGUUAAUGAUAAAAAAUGAUUUUAAUGCUGUAUUAAACAGGCCAAUGAAAUAAUGUUCAUUGAAGUAAUGUAUCCAUAAAUGUUUAGAUAACAUUGCCCUUAAUUUAUAAAUCACAUCUUUUUAUCUUCUACUAGGGAGCUAAUCUGAGGUCACUAAAGAGGAAUUAUUUAUGUAAAAUUUUGGUAUUGCACAAACGGGAGGGGCAUUGUGAUCGUCGGAAGUUCCAUUCCUUCAGCUUAUUAAAUGUUUGUUAAUGCUUGAGGAACACCGUAAUCGGUAGUGCCAUCCAUCUUCAUAAUGGUUGAGUGUGCGAGUAGCCAGUAUUUAAACAUCGGUAGUAUCUCAUUCACUCUUGAUAUCUCUUAACAAACAUACAUUGUGGUACAAAUAUGAAUGUAUGUAUAAUACAAGUUAAUAUUUUUAGAGAGGAACCAGUUGAUAAAAUGCUUAGCUAUCCUGGUUUACUUGUGAGAAGUGUACUAGCUAACAUAGGUAGAGAAGAUUGCUUGUGAGGAAUGGUAGCGUUAGCUCAUACGAGUGUUGUUGCAUUUUAGUGGCUAAGGGUAGUAAAUGCGGUCCUGGCAAUAGUAACAAGGUUAAGUGUCGUGUUCUGUAGCAAUAAUGACAGUUUGAACUGCAUAUUUUACAUUAUCAUCGCAUUUUCUAUUAAUAACUAAUUGGUUUAAUUAAUAUUUUAUAAUACAUAUGGAAAUGCUAUUUAUUCUCAUGUUUUUAUGAAACAAAACUGUUACAUACACCUGUGUGUAUGGUAUGAUCAGUAACAUACACCUGUGUGUAUGGUAUGAUCAGUAACAUACACCUGUGUGUAUGGUAUGAUCAGUAACAUACACCUGUGUGUAUGGUAUGAUCAGUAACAUACACCUGUGUGUAUGGUAUGAUCAGUAACAUACACCUGUGUGUAUGGUAUGAUCAGUAACAUACACCUGUGUAUAUGGUAUGGUCAGUAACAUACACCUGUGUGUAUGGUAUGAUCAGUAACAUACACCUGUGUGUAUGGUAUGAUCAGUAACAUACACCUGUGUGUAUGGUAUGAUCAGUAACAUACACCUGUGUGUAUGGUAUGAUCAGUAACAUACACCUGUGUGUAUGGUAUGAUCAGUAACAUGCACCUGUGUGUAUGGUAUGAUCAGUAACAUUCACCUGUGUGUAUGGUAUGAUCAGUAACAUACACCUGUGUGUAUGGUAUGAUCAGUAACAUGCACCUGUGUGUAUGGUAUGGUCAGUAACAUACACCUGUGUGUAUGGUAUGGUCAGUAACAUACACCUGUGUGUAUGGUAUGAUCAGUAACAUACACCUGUGUGUAUGGUAUGAUCAGUAACAUACACCUGUGUGUAUGGUAUGAUCAGUAACAUACACCUGUGUGUAUGGUAUGAUCAGUAACAUACACCUGUGUGUAUGGUAUGAUCAGUAACAUACACCUGUGUGUAUGGUAUGAUCAGUAACAUACACCUGUGUGUAUGGUAUGAUCAGUAACAUACACCUGUGUGUAUGGUAUGAUUAGUAACAUAUACCUUUGUGUAUGGUAUGAUCAGUAACAUACACCCAUGUGUAUGGUAUGGUCAGUUACAAAUUGUCAAUAUUUGUUAAAUUACAGGUAAUACCGGUAUAAUUUUUUGUUCUUGUUUAAAAUUUUAUUGAGAUUAAAUCUUAACUAAUACAUAGAUGUAUAUAAUAAUGCAUAAUUGCACAUUGGCCUCAAGUAUAUGCAUAAACUUUAUUUUAAGUUAAAAGUUUGCAUGCAUGUUAAUUUUGAGUGAUUUACAUAUGUAAAAAUAAUGUGUGCUCUGUAAUUUUAAUGUAUUAUUGUGAUGCUGACACUGUCACAUAUCAACAAACUUAACUUUUGCAUAAAUUGCCCAAUGAAAGUGUUUCAUGAAUUUUUUUUACUAAUUUAUUCUUAUGCAUAUAUAAGGUGUUGAUUAAUUUGUCAGUGUGCUUGACUUUUGUUCGUCUGUUUCUCCCGUCCUCAAAUCUUUUUAGAAAGUUUUUGUGACACGAGAAUAUACCGACAUGUUAUUUAGACUUAAAGGCACCGUUAAGCUAAUAAUCACAAUAUUGGAGUUGAAGCAGAGGUGGUUGUGUAUGUUAAGAGCCAUGUGUUAAUGUCACCCACUUGGAGCAUAUUGGCUAACUUGUGUUGUAUGUUGCAGUCCAUGGUUUUGUUUUAAAAUAUUGCAGUGCUAUACAGCCAUACUGGCUUUUUACUUUCUUUUCAUACUUGCAGCAUUAACUGUAAGUAAUUAAGUUGUGAAAUCCAGUUGUGUGCCGAAUGUUUAAUGAAAAUAAAUGCAUAUUUUUAUAUUAGUGCAUUUUUAUAGAAAACUGUAGGUUAUACUGUACUGUAAAUUGAUUCUUGCAUCUAAAACACAAUACUAAUUUUGCUCUAGGUUAAGUGUCUCUAAUUUGAUUGCAAUACUUGCUUCAUUUAGUUACUCCAGCACCAAGCACCUUCAACAAUAUAUCUGCUGCACAGUUCUCCAUUAUUUUGUUUACCCAUGUUCUUAACAUCUGAAAUUGGUCUGGUUUUCUGUAGCAGUUGUGUUAGUAGCUUAGUGAAUUGUCAGAAGGAGAAACUUGCUGGCUUUAGCACUGUAAAGUUAAUGGUAUGUUGAACUCAGGGGCUGUAAUUAUGAGAGGGUUGGUGAAGUGUAUGUUAAUUGAUAUAGAAAUGUGUUGGUCUCAGAUGCGUGUACAUGCACUGUUCAGUACAUAGAUUUAUAAAUUAGCUGCACUGCACACACAAACUUGAAAGCUUUGCCAUUGUGUAGGCUUGUCAAUUUAUAGGUUAAAAAUUAAUAAAUGACAAGGAGUUUUCUUUACAAAAUUUUAAUGUAAUUUUUUUGGGGGGUUAAUAGUUAUAAGAGUAAUUAUAACACUGCCAAAGACAGUUUUAGCUCAAAAGGUAGAAUGAAGAGUAUUCAAGACCCAAUGCCUUCCAUAGUUGUAUAUCUUAGUCUCUCACUUUAAACUUCCAAUUUCUGUAUUUCCCUGAGAACAUUGAGAGGGUGGCAAUGUUUACAACCUUUUCUAAUCAUAUCUUAAUGUCAAGCAUGUGUUAAGGCUGAACAGUAGUCAUAUUGUUACAGAAGAAAUAAGGUUAACAAGAAAAUAGUUGCAAUAGAUAUUUAAAUGAUACUGUAAAGAUGUGAACAUUUUUGAUGACUGUCAUAUAGAUGAAGGUUAGGGAAAUGGUAGGAGUUAAAACAGGCAAGCAGUGCCCAAGUGUAAGUCUUCUGUAAUGCCGAAGACUAUGGGGGUUUCGUGAUUCUGAUGGUUAUGAUGUGCUGAGGAUGCAACAUUUGCUGUACAGCGUGUCCAGAUGGCUGGGGUCACCUUUGUAUAUAUCUAUCCAUCACACUGUCAUUUGAUGUAAAGGAGGUACUUAGUUGUGCAUUUCAUUAAAUAAGAUGUUUCUAUAAAGUUUAUAAAAGGAAGCUUGUGAUAGGUUUAAGUGCAAGAUGGGGGCAGGAAAACUGUUUAGUGGUGGAUGUCAUUGUGACAUUAGAAUAGCAUUUGCAGUGAAUCAAGACUUGCAUUUAUUUUACAAGACAUUUCUGUAUUGUCAUGGUGCAGUUUAAAUAUCUGUGAAGCAUUUAAAAAGCAAUAACAGUAAUAUAUUAUUUUAAAGAAAAAUUAUGAUUCGUAAUAGGUAAAAAUUUGUAAAACAAGAAAGUAAAAUAAAAAAAUUUCGGUACAAAACAGGCUGCCACUGAUCAUACUAACCAAUAAGUUUGAGCUUUGUGGAGUAGCCAUUAACCAUUGUAAUACUGUACUUAGUGAAGCCAGCCAAAAAAAAAAAAAAAAAAAAAAUUGAUUUUUUCACAAAAUGACAACGGAAAAAUCAAGUGGAGCCAAGAAAAAUCGAAGUGAACACGUCUUUUAAGGCAGUCCAAGAAGGAAAAAUAAUAAAAUUUUGUUCAUGACAAUGUAAGCGUAAUAUCCAGCUGACAUUGCCACGAACAAAAUGAUUGAUUUUAAAUUGUCUUUCGAAUUGUCGCAAAUGAAAAGGGAUCAUAGACUUUUUUUUUUUUUUUUUUUUUUUUUUUUUUACUCAUUUUUUCCAUUAUUGUUUUGUGGGAAGAGUCAUUGUCUAUCUGGCUGGCACCCCUAAAUUUGUAAACAGCCAAUGACAGAUUUAUUCUCUCUGCAAGCUCAAACUUCAUGUUGGCUAAAUGUAUUUAGAUCAGUGGCAGCCUCUUUUGUAUGAAAAAAUAAUGUCUGCAGCAUAGGAAAAGUGAUGUAGAAAUUUAUUGAUCAAGUGGAAUAAGAGGAAACUCUUGCUGCCAGCCCAGUUUACAUGAUUCCUACAAACAAGCAACCAAAGUGCCUAAUGUUUCAUUUUAGCAAAAAGUUAAAUUUUUCCAACAAUUUUCAAAUGGUGGAACACCAAUGUUGGUUGUAAUUUGCCAGUGCAAGAGUUCUUAAGAAAUGUCGAGAUAUGAUGGUAAGAGGUGGGCAAUUUGACCAUUUAUAAAGUAAUGAAAGGAAAUGUGGUAUGGCAAAGUGUUAGUGAGAAAUGAUCUGUAACUUAAAUGGUUAAUAAAAUGUAGUGAACAUUCAA